ACAUAUUUGCACUACAAUGGAACCAGAACAGCUCCUGACUCGCUCCUGGCUUCAAGCGACAGCAGUGAACAUACACGCCGCAAAAUAAUUGACGACCCUGGUUCUGGUCACAAACCAGGCAAAAUAAUUGACGAUCCUGGUUCUGGUCACAAACCAGUCCGUGAAAUAAUUGACGAUCCUGGUUCUGGUCACAAACCAGUCACCGCACAAUAA